GCUUACGUCAUGACGCCGCACACGCAGCCCCGCCCCUGCAGAGAUCAGCGCUGGGACGGAACCCGGGUUCCUCUCGAACCGGGAUUGUGACGCUUUUGGCCUGGCUGGCCGCUGUUUUCUGUCCCACUUUUUACUCGGGCCUGCGUCCGCUGCCGCCGUCCCUCAGUUUGCCCCCAGAGGAGGCAGGGCGGCCGUGCCUUCUGCCGUGCGCCCGCGUGGCUGCCACCGCCCCUCCGAAUCCUCCGGGGCCGCAGAGGGGUUCGCUACGGAGGGAGGCGGGGGCCUUCGGGAGGAGGAGGCGGAGGAGGCGGAGGAGGAGGGAAGGAAGAUGGCGGCCGUGGAACUAGAGUGGAUCCCAGAGACUCUCUAUAACACCGCCAUCUCCGCUGUCGUGGACAACUACAUCCGCUCCCGCCGAGACAUCCGCUCCUUGCCCGAGAACAUCCAGUUUGAUGUUUACUACAAGCUUUACCAACAGGGACGCUUAUGUCAACUGGGCAGUGAAUUUUGUGAAUUGGAAGUUUUUGCUAAAGUACUGAGAGCUUUGGAUAAAAGACAUUUGCUUCAUCAUUGUUUUCAGGCUUUGAUGGAUCAUGGUGUUAAAGUUGCUUCAGUCUUGGCCUACUCAUUCAGUAGGCGGUGCUCUUAUAUAGCAGAAUCAGAUGCUGCAGUAAAGGAAAAAGCCAUUCAGGUUGGCUUUGUUUUAGGUGGCUUUCUUUCAGAUGCAGGCUGGUACAGUGAUGCUGAGAAAGUUUUUCUGUCCUGCCUUCAGUUGUGUACUCUACACGAUGAGAUGCUUCAUUGGUUUCGUGCAGUAGAAUGUUGUGUGAGGUUGCUUCAUGUGCGAAAUGGAAACUGCAAAUAUCAUUUGGGUGAAGAAACAUUUAAAUUAGCUCAGACAUAUAUGGAUAAACUAUCAAAACAUGGCCAGCAAGCAAAUAAAGCUGCACUCUAUGGAGAACUGUGUGCACUCCUAUUUGCAAAAAGUCACUAUGAUGAGGCAUACAAAUGGUGCAUCGAGGCAAUGAAAGAAAUUACAGCAGGCUUACCAGUGAAAGUUGUGGUGGAUGUCUUAAGACAAGCUUCUAAGGCUUGUGUAGUAAAACGUGAAUUUAAGAAGGCAGAACAGUUAAUUAAACAUGCAGUGUAUUUGGCACGGGAUCAUUUUGGAUCCAAACACCCAAAAUAUUCUGAUACACUGCUAGAUUAUGGGUUCUACUUACUCAAUGUAGAUAAUAUCUGUCAGUCUGUUGCAAUUUAUCAGGCAGCCCUUGACAUUAGACAGUCAGUGUUUGGUGGCAAAAAUAUCCACGUAGCAACAGCUCAUGAAGAUUUGGCCUACUCUUCUUAUGUCCACCAGUAUAGCUCUGGGAAAUUUGACAAUGCACUAUUUCAUGCAGAAAGAGCUAUUGGUAUCAUUACCCACAUCCUACCUGAAGAUCAUCUUCUUUUGGCUUCUUCAAAGAGGGUGAAAGCACUUAUUUUAGAGGAGAUUGCAAUUGAUUGUCAUAAUAAGGAAACUGAACAGAGGCUGCUUCAAGAAGCUCAUGAUUUGCACCUGUCUUCACUCCAACUAGCUAAAAAAGCUUUUGGGGAAUUUAAUGUACAGACUGCAAAACACUAUGGAAACCUUGGAAGACUUUAUCAGUCAAUGAGAAAAUUUAAGGAAGCUGAAGAAAUGCACAUCAAAGCAAUUCAGAUUAAAGAACAACUUCUUGGUCAAGAAGAUUAUGAAGUAGCCCUUUCAGUGGGACAUCUGGCUUCUUUAUAUAAUUAUGACAUGAAUCAGUAUGAAAAUGCUGAGAAACUUUAUUUGCGAUCUAUAGCAAUUGGGAAGAAACUUUUUGGUGAGGGCUACAGUGGACUAGAAUAUGAUUAUCGAGGUCUCAUUAAACUUUACAACUCCAUUGGAAAUUACGAGAAAGUGUUUGAAUAUCACAAUGUUCUGUCUAACUGGAACCGGUUGCGAGAUCGGCAAUAUUCAGUGACAGAUGCUCUUGAAGAUGUCAACACCAGCCCCCAGUCCACUGAAGAAGUGGUGCAGUCCUUCCUGAUUUCUCAGAAUGUCGAGGGACCGAGCUGCUGAGGGAGGACCUCAGUUAACCAAUUACCUUUUCCCGGAUUCCAGGGAAUUCAUACUGUGAAAUCAAAACCAUGUUGUUUCGGGGGGCUGGAAUUUGCAUUGAAACACUGGUCCAGUCCAUUGAAGACCCUAUUUUGGGUGAUCCCUAUCUUGCAGAAUGUCUGUAGGAAUAAGCAUAUAUUCAGUUAUAUUCAGCAUGUACCGCAUGUGUAAGUAGUCUGGCCCACAUUUUCAACCUAGUAGAACAAACAACAGGAAAUAUUUUUUUUGUUGUUUUUAAAAAAUUCAUUUUGCAGAAAGCCUGAAAGAAAAAAAAUACCCCUAAAUAAAACUAUUUAAGAGUUUAAAAGAGUUGCAUUCUUAUUAUGUAAGGAUGAUUUUAACAACUUUUUAAUAUGUAAUUCUUCCAUGUGGAGGUAUUCAAUACUGUAGUGUAAAGAAAUUUUAUGCGGAAAAUCUUUAUAUGCAGUAUAGAAAAGUUAACAAAAGUACUAAUAAAAGAGGGACAUCCCGACUUACGUUUUUCUACCUUGCCCAGAUAAGUGGAUACAACCACUCUAUAUUACAAGGAAAGGACUGUCAGAUUCAUCUGAACUGGACCAGUGUUGAUCUGUAAUGUAAUAGAAAAUCUGAUAGACCAGCACUUCUGACUUUUUUUUUUUGGUACAACAAUGCAAGAUGCUCUGAUAGCAUUUGCUAACAGGACCAGGAGGAUCUAAAAAGGACCAGCCUAAUAUAGAAGGUGGUUAUUUGGACCAGAGGCUUUAGAUUAUUAUUUUAGAUCCUACAUAUACUUUUAUCAGUAGAAUGAUUUCAUUUAGAUGUAUAAUGAAAAAGGAUAAUGCAAAAAUUAUGUAAUAGAUACCAAAUUAGGGAAGUUUGGCAAUUUCAAUGGCAUAUUUUUAGUCAAGGUACACAGAUGGCAGUGCCAUAAGCAAGUCUAUAAAUAUCGGCUGCAGCCAUCCCCCUCAUUUUAAAUGUUGCCCUAAUAAUCAAUGCAGUUAACAAGUAUAUUGGCUGUGUGUCAUGAAAUAGUUCAUGUUCAGAUGGAAAUGUUAGGUUACUGUAUGGUUUAUGGAGAUUAAUGAAAAUGAAUGCCCAAAAAUAAGUCUUAGAAAAUCCUCCAUUUUUAUCGUAAAUAGUAAUACAACUAGGUCAUUUCAUUUGAAAUCUAGGAGUCAAAUGGAAAGAUCCCCUAAUAAUACACCUAUUUCACUAACUUGUCUUUCUGUUUAUUGGGUUUUGAUUUGAUUUUUUGUAAGCCAGUCAGGUUAUUUAAUGAUGAGGUAAUAAUCAAAUUUAAGAAUUUGUGACAUGUAGCAAUUCAAGAAACAAAAAGGUAUUUUGCUGUUACCUCAAUUCUUACUGUAGUAGCCCAUCUGAUGCUUCUAUAGUUAAGAAUCUGGGUUCCCCCCCUAUUUUCAGGGGUUCAUGACUUGGCUGUUAAAGAUGUUGCUCCUAGCUAAUGCUUGGAGUAGUCUGUGGGUGAAUGGAUGUGUGUUGAAUUUUAGUUUUCUUUUAACAUGCAUGUUGGGUGAGAGGGGAAAAAAAUCUAAGCUGUCUGCCACAUUGAGUACAGAAAAGUUGUAGAUUUCAAAUUUUAUUAAUAUUGUAAGCACUUUUUUGAACUUCCCAACCUUGUUUGAAGCUGUUAUUUGCAGUCCUAUUAGUUUUGAGCCAUUGCAUUUAAGUUCCCUAGGAGGGGGUUGGUUGGGGGAUGUACUGAAAGAGAUGAAGCAUACCCACACCCUAAGAUGGUAACUGUGUGAUUUAGAAACCUGAGUUUACUCCUCAAAUCGAAUUAUUUUCUUUUUAAAUUUUGGAAAGAGUAAAUUGAUGUACUUGCAGUUUAUGAAGCUGCCCCCCACCCCUCAGUUAAUUGCAGUCUAAUGUCAAGAGGCACUUCUUUAUUAAUUACCAAAUAGUCUUUGUGACCAAGGACUAACAUUUUUAAGUUACUCAGCUCUAUCCUCAUGGGCCUAUAUAUUUAAUACCUCCAAAGAUAUUUUCAGGAUAGGCUUUGUAUACUUUUAUUGGUUAUUUAGAAUCCAGUGGUAUGUUUGUGGUAUAGGAAUGUCAUGGUAAAUUGUUUUUCAAUAAAUAUUUUGAAACAUG